GUCGCCGACGCCAGUGCUGCUGUUGCCGCCGCGCCUCGGGGCGCGCUCGGUCCCUGCCCGCCCGGCCCCGGCUCCGGCUCCGGCUCCCGGCGGCAUGAAGCGGACGCACGCGGACUUCAGCUCGUCGGACAGCGAAGAGCUGGACGAGCCCAUCGAGGUGGAGAAGGAGAGCGCCGACGAGCAAGGCACCCUGAGCCCGGCCGCGGGGGCGCUGUCGCCUGCCACUGCCUCACAGAUCCUGGCCAGGAAGCGGCGCCGAGGGGUGAGUGUCCCUUGGCCCCCGGUCCCCGGCCCUUGCCCCCGGCCCCAAUCCCAGUCCCUAUCCCAGGCUCGCUCCGCGUCUCCCCCGCAGAUCAUCGAGAAGCGGCGCCGCGACCGCAUCAACAACAGCCUGUCGGAGCUGCGGAGGCUGGUGCCCAGCGCCUUCGAGAAGCAGGGAUCGGCCAAGUUGGAGAAGGCGGAGAUCCUGCAGAUGACCGUGGAUCACCUGAAGAUGCUGCACACGGCCGGUGGGAAAGGCUAUUUUGAUGCCCAUGCUCUUGCUAUGGACUAUCGAAGUUUAGGGUUUCGAGAGUGCCUGGCUGAAGUUGCCCGGUACCUUAGUAUUAUUGAGGGCUUGGACGCUUCUGAUCCUCUUCGAGUUCGACUAGUGUCUCACCUGAAUAAUUAUGCCUCUCAACGGGAAGCAGCAAGCAGUGUACAUGCUGGCAUUGGACAUAUUCCUUGGGGCAGUGCCUUUGGACAUCACCCUCACAUCUCUCACCCAUUACUACUGCCUCAGAAUGGGCAUGGUAACACCAGUACCACAGCGUCUUCCACAGAACCACAUCACCAGAGCAGAAUUGCUGCUCAUGCUGAAACGUCUUCACUGAGAGUGCCCCCUAAUGGCAGCAUUGGAUCUCUGCUCCCUGUGGUCACCUCUACUUCCAAACUGUCUCCGCCUCUGCUGUCCUCCAUGGCAUCUCUGUCUGCGUUCCCCUUUUCGUUUGGUCCAUUCCAUCUGUUGUCCCCUAACGCACUCAGCCCAUCUGCACCAACGCAGUCAGCAAACCUGGGCAAACCCUACAGACCAUGGGGGACUGAGAUUGGAGCUUUCUAAGGACUCAUGAUUUAGUCUGGGGUCAGGGGGAAAGGGUCUAAUAAUCCAGCUGAGCUGGGUUUAUGCCAGUUUCAAUUUUAAGUUCUUAUAUAACUGAGACAAAGGUACCGUUUCAACUUUAAAAAUUUGUCUAAAAGCUGAAGUGCUUCAGGCUUUUGUUUCCUUUUUGUAUUAGUGUUUUUUGUUUUUUGUUUUUUUUAAUUUAGUUGCUGAAGCUUGUCCAAAAAUUAAAUUGAAAUAGUGGAUGUUAACACUUAUGAUAGGUUUGUGUGGAAUGUUCAACUCACUCUGUAAACAGUUUGUCUCAAAUGAUUCCAUUUUGGCUAAGUACCGUGGACCCUUUUAUUUUUUUUAAAGUUUAGUGUAUUUCUGUCUAUUGUUAGCAACAACUUUUGUUUUGUUUUGCUUUACUUUUCCAAAACCACUAUUCUCAGCAUUAACAUAAACUGUGUUUUUUGUUAAUAUUUUGACAGUAAGAUGCUCUAUAAGGAAAUUCUUUUGUAAACUAUAUUCUGAGUUUUAUAUUUCUGAACAAAGCGUUGACAAAUCAGAUUGAGCAGCUUUAUACAAGAGUUCUGUGUUCACUGCAGUGGUUAGGUGUCUGGUGGUCUUAACCUAUUCUCCUGUGGAGUUUUAUCCACAUCAAAGAACCGCUGCACUAUUUCUUUUGGCAUAAAGGGCAGCUUUUGCUCAAGAGCAGACUCUACAAUAGCAAGGGUGCUACUGACCAAGAACAAGUUGAAUUUGUGUGGAUUUAAUGUGGGACCUUGGAAAGGAACAUAUAAGAUUACCUGCAAUUUUCCUGACCAGUGCCAGUUCCUGACCAGAGCAUCCUAACUUCAUGGGCCUAGAUGGCAGCCUUUGUCACCAUAACACAAUUCUGUUACCUUUAUUUUUAACUGAGAUCACAAACUGCCUUUAAUACGCUUCAAAUUUACAUCUAAAAUGAGUUGUGGUGGUAUUUAAACAGCCAGUGGAGUGGUACAGUGGGAACUUGUUCAAUGCAUAAACUUGUUACUUAACAAAUGUAUUCUCUUAAAUGGUCAAUUUUCUAGUGUAUUUUACUUUUGAGGAGCACUCCAAUGUGGUUCCUCAUGUUUUAUAAAGGUUCUACUACAUUCUUGUAUAUAUUUUGGUUUGGUUUCAUGAGACUUGCAUUCUGAACAGGUUUAUUCUUUAGUGGAUUCCACUGAAUUGGGUUUGAUUUUGCUCUUGUACUUGUGUUGUGGCUAAAUAAAGGAGAAAGAACUAAGUGUUGAAUUCA